GUUUAAACAUCUUGAAAGUAACGAAAUUCCAAUUUAACUAGAUGACUUACCAAAUUUUAGAAUAAAGAUUCCCCUAAAAGAUAUAUUUGCCAGUGACCUUUAAUGCACUACCCAAGAAGGUUAAAUUAACGUCGCACAUAAAUUUAUUUAAUAAUUGGAAACAUUAAUGAAAGAAAAUACAAAAGAUUCUGACAGUUUAUUAAUUUUAUAUGAUUACCAAUUUAAUAAAAUAUGUCAAACUGUUUUUAAAGAUUCUUUAUGGCCAGUCCCACAUGUAAUAGAAAAUGUUAAAGAAAUAGAAUCGAACUUGAUAUAUAAACUCUUUACAAUGAAUUAUGUUAUAGACACGCCCUUACUCGUUUAGCAAAUAAUUUCGAUGUUGAUUUAGUUAAAGAGCUUGGGAAAACUAUUCUGAAAUCUUUGACACUAUUACAAAUUCCUAAAGUGAAUUUCCUCUUCCCACCCCUUGGAUUUGGGACAUAAUUGACGAAUAUAUUUAUUAAUUUUACAUAGCUUGUAGAUGGAGAAGAUCUCUCAAAUAAGACGAUGAGAAGCUUAAACUUAUUCUUCAAGGCACUAAUUAAUAAGACGAAUAAGAAUUCUGGAAUCUGA